CACCAAAAAUCAGAAAAAUUCACAGAAUAGGCAUGGAAAAGGUCAAGUUUCCUCUGUUGAUCCUCUUGGUAGGGCUGUUUGUACUACCGGAGGUGAAGUGUCAUCAGAAGUUACCAUUACCAACACAAAGCCCGCUCUGCAACUCCCAAUUUGCACUGGCGAAUCAUGCGUGUGCAUUCUUACCGCUGAUCCCUUUGCCACCUCUUGACAUUCAUCCUUCCUCUGAUGACAAUGGGGGUGAAGGGCAUAAUCACAGACACAGACACGGGCACGGGCACCACAGACAUGGGCACCACCAUGGGCAUCAUCAACACAGGCACGGGGAAUCCUCUGAAGAUGACAGUUGCUGCAGGUGGUUAAAGGCUGUAGAUAAUGAAUGUGUUUGUGAGCUUCUGUUUCACUUGCCACCUUUCCUCUCAAGGCCUAGCCAUACUUUCCAUGUCCAUGUUGAUGACUCCUGCGAUGUUAUCUUCACAUGUGAAGGCUGAUUGAAACCAUGAAACAAUGUCAAUUUACAAAGAAUAUCUCCCCUUUCUUGAGCCUCAAACUAGUAUAAUUACCUACUUUAAUCAUUCCGUUAUUAACAUAUGAUAUUAUUAUUCUAUGAAUUUCAGCUUAUUUUUAGUUCUACAUAUACUUAUAUUAUGUUUUAAGAAAUAAUAAUAAUAAUAAUAUAGUUCAAAUUUGACU